AUGGCGAAACGACAAGCAGAUACCGAGCUCGAAAGAGAGCUCAGCGUGAACUCGCCCGCCUCCAAAAAACCGCGUUUCGCUGAAGCCGAUUUCCGCAACGGCCAUCUGAAUGGUCGCGAGUGGGAGCAAGAUGAACGCAACCACCAAGACAUCCUCGCCGCUGCCGAUUUGGAAGCUUCAGAACUACAAGAAGCUGCCCAAGAUCGACCGGAAUCUCCAGAACCCGAUGACGACGAUGACAAAGAAGAAACACAAGUUGCACUCCCGCAACGCCAGUCACAACCAGUCGAAGGAUAUGGAGACUUAUAUCUGGAUACAAUCAACCGCGCCGUGCUAGAUUUCGAUUUCGAAAAGCUUUGCUCGAUAUCACUAUCCAACAUAAAUGUUUAUGCUUGUCUGGUGUGUGGUAAAUAUUUCCAGGGGCGAGGCAAUAAGUCUCAUGCAUAUUUCCAUGCGCUGGAGAUUGGCCACCAUGUUUUUGUGAACAUGGAGACCAAGAAGGUCUACGUUUUACCCGAAGGUUACGAAGUGAAGAGCAAAAGUUUGGAUGAUAUUAAAUAUGUUGUGGAUCCGACUUUCACGAAGAACGAUGUGCUGAAGCUUGAUAAAGAGGUCCGUGAUGCAUGGGAUCUGCUAGGGAAGAAAUAUCGGCCUGGAUACGUCGGAAUGAACAAUAUCAAAGCGAACGAUUAUCUAAACGUCGUUGUUCAGGUGCUCGCACACGUCACGCCGAUUCGCAACUUUUUCCUACUCCAAAAUUUCCCGGUCCCAGGGUCUCCUCAACUAUCCGUCAGAUUCAGCACUCUAGUGCGCAAAUUAUGGAACCCCAAAGCAUUCAAGUCACACGUGUCACCCCACGAACUGCUGCAGGAAAUCGCUCUGCGCUCUUCAAAGCGAUUCACGCUCACUCACCAGUCUGACCCUGUUGAGUUUCUCUCAUGGUUCCUGAACAACCUCCAUCUCAGUCUUGGCGGAUCCAAAAAGCCAUCAAAAACACCAACAAGCGUCGUUCAGCAAGCUUUCCAAGGACACCUACGAAUUGAAAGUCAGGCUAUCACAGCGCACUCUGAUACCACAAACUCUCGAUUAGUCUUUGCCGAAUCGAGUGAAACAAACACACAAACAUCCCCCUUCUUAAUCCUUACCCUCGAUCUUCCACCCACACCUCUAUUUCAAUCCGCGAACAGAGAAUCCAUCAUUCCUCAAAUCCCGUUGACGACACUCCUGAACAAGUACAACGGUAUAACCGCAUCCGAGAAACUCUCUCAUCGUGUCCGCCACCGACUCCUCCACCCACUUCCCCCCUAUCUACUUUUCCACAUCAAACGCUUCAGCAAGAAUAAAUUCGUAUCUGAGCGAAACCCAACCAUUGUCACAUUCCCGUCCCCGCGAUCACUGGAUAUGUCACCAUACGUUGAGCCGAACCCGGAAGUCUGGCCUCCCGGUGAACCCAUCAUAUACGACCUCGUUUCGAACAUCAUACUAGACGCAAACGCGCCUACUCCCGGUGCAGGAGAAGAUUCCUCCGCGGCAGAUAAAGGUCUCGCAGCAGCUGGUGGUGGCGGUGCAGCAAACAAAAACGCCUCUGCUACUGCUUCAGCGACAACGGGUGCCGGCGCCGGUAGUGAGAAAGUCUCGUGGCUAGUCCAAUUACACGAUAAAGCGAUGGCGGCUGAUAAUGCGAAACAUCAGCAGCAACACGCGCAACAACGGGGACCGGAGUGGCUCGAGAUUCAGGAUUUGUAUGUGCAGAGGACGGAAAGUGAGACGUUGUUUACUAGGGAGUCAUAUUUGAUGGUUUGGGAAAGGAGGAAGACGCCGGGGAUGCAGAAGGGGAAGGGGGUGGCCAAAUGA